AUGCCCGUCCCACCCCCUCCAGCGCCCCCGCCACCGCCCACGUUUGCUCUGGCCAAUACAGAAAAGCCUUCCUUGAGUAAGUCAGAGCAGGCUGGGAGAAAUGCUCUGCUCUCUGACAUCAGCAAAGGAAAGAAACUAAAGAAGACAGUCACCAAUGACAGAAGUGCACCAAUAUUGGACAAACCUAAAGGAGCUGCUGGUGGUGGUGGUGGUGGCGGCAGCUAUGGCGGAGGUGGCGGCGGCUAUGGCGGAGGUGGCGGCGGAGGUGGUGGAAGUUUUGGAGGAGGUGGACCACCCGGUUUGGGAGGACUGUUCCAGGCUGGAAUGCCGAAGCUGAGAUCCACAGCCAACAGGGAGAAUGAUUCCGGAGGAAGCCGACCUCCAAUCUUGCCACCAGGAGGAAGAGCCACAUCCGCCAAACCGUUCACACCCCCAAGCGGCCCAGGGAGGUUCCCUGUGCCUCCUGCAGGCCACAGAAGCGGACCCCCAGAUCCUCAGAGGAACCGAAUGCCUCCCCCGAGACCCGAAGUGGGCGCAAAGCCUGAUAUCAUCCCCCCUCCAGUGCCUAAUACUCCAAGACCCAGUCAGUCGAGUCUGCACAGCCGGGGGACCCCCCUAGUGCCGGGGGCUCCCCGGCAGCCCAGUCCUGGGCUGACCCCUCCCCCUUUCCCCGGAAACCGCGGUGCUGCUUUCGGAGGAGGCUCCAUCCGUCACACCCCCUCAGGCUCCUCCACGCCUUUCCCCACUAGGCCUCCCCUGCCUCCUACUCCGAGCAGGGCCUUGGAUGACAAGCCCCCUCCUCCGCCUCCUCCGGUGGGCAACAGGCCCUCCAUCCACAGGGAGUCUGUGCCGCCGCCUCCCCCUCAGAACAGCAAGCCCCCGGUGCCGUCCACCCCGCGGCCUUCCUCCUCCUCGCAGGCCCCGCCGCCUCCGCCCCCCAGCCGGCCGGGCCCUCCUCCGCUGCCCCCAGUGUCCAGCGGCAGUGGCGACGAAAUCCCGAGGCUCCCGCAGAGGAACUUGUCCCUGUCGUCGUCGGCGCCUCCCUUACCUUCACCAGGACGGUCAGGCCCUCUUCCGCCCCCGCCCGCUGAGAGACCCCCUCCUCCGGUGAGGGACCCACCGGGCAGAUCAGGCCCUCUCCCACCACCUCCUCCAAUGAACAGAAAUGGCAGCACAUCUCGGGCCCUGCCUGCCACCCCUCAGUUGCCGUCCAGGAGUGGAAUAGAUUCUAGUCCCAGAAGUGGGCCCCGGCCUCCUCUUCCUCCCGAAAGGCCUGGCACUGGGGCACCUCCCCCACCUCCACCAUCAACAUCAAUUAGAAAUGGCUUCCAAGAUUCUCCAUGUGAAGAUGAGUGGGAAAGCAGAUUCUACUUCCAUCCGAUUUCUGAUUUGCCACCUCCAGAGCCAUAUGUACCAACAACCAAAAGUUAUCCCAGUAAACUGGCGAGAAAUGAAAGCCGGAGUGGAUCUAACCGAAGAGAGAGGGGUGCUCCGCCCCUGCCUCCCAUCCCGAGGUGAUCCUCGCCUGCUCUUCUACACUCACGCCCCAGAGCUCCUUCUGUCAUUGCUGUCCAAGUCGCGCACCCUCCUCCUCUGUCC